CACCUUUUCAGGCCAGGACACCAGGAGGACGGACGAUGCUGGGCCUUUCUGAUCCGGCCCUUCGGGGUCGAUCUGGACGUGUCUCGAUCGACGCCGAAUGCGCGCUCCCGGAGCGCCGAUGGGACGCGCGUCCAGUACGAAACCGACGCCGACGACGCAGCGUCGCUUCAUCCGAUCUCUCGUUCCUCUCUUCCACUCUCAUCUGUGUGCAUCCUGUGCGCUCCCUUUUUAUUUCCCCCCUUAAUAAAAAGAAAAAAAAUAAUAUAUAUAUAUAUUAAGAGAGAGAGACAGUCAUCUUUAAUUUCACCCGCGUUUCUUUUUCGGUGAAAGUACUUCUUCUUUGGUUUCCUGCAUCUCCGUGACAGUGUGUGUGUAUGUGAGUGCCGUCGGGAUGAAUUGCAUCGUUUGAAUCGCGAGGCUUAGCUGAGGAGAUGGAAUCAGGAGGUGCGGAUGCUUAUGGAUGUACUGUAAAUGUCGGUGGAAUCGAGACGUUGAUCGAGAUGUGAGUCGUUUCUUUUGGACUUCUUCGGAAAGAUUUAGAGACGAUGAUGAUGAUGAUGUGCUGAUUAUGGUGGUGAGGGCUGAGAUGGUGUGUUAGGUCGUGGGAGCGCCUUUUAGGAGGCCCCGGGUGAUGAACCAUGGGCUGCGGUCACAGCAAGAUCAACAUAUACCCAAAACGAAGUCGCAACAAGAACUGCUCCAAGAAGUCAGUUAUCCCGGAGAAGUGCCACAAUCAGGUGGAUCAGGAGGGCUGCGCGAACGGCGAGGCCGAGUCCGGGAUCUGCGAAAAGACCGACGACGCGGACCGUAAAACCAUCAAAGUCAAACCUUUCGGAGGACCUUUACUAGCUCACACUGAACUGUCCACAAGUCAGAACAACUUCUUCAAAAUGCUGGAUGACAAAAUCGAGAGUGGCGCGGAUUACGAUUCCGGAAGCGAGUACGAAAGGGCCAUGGAGCAGGCGCGCCUCUCGUCUUUGCUGAAGGACUGGGAGACGGCUAGUUCCGGUUCGAGGUCGCUACCGUCGACGCCGAAGAGACGACCUCCGGCGAAGAUCACCAGGAUCGCAGCAGCAGCCGCGGCGACGGCUGUCGCAUCCUCCGAUGUGCAGUCGCAGCAUCAUCCGAAUGCUAAUCCGUAUAUCGAGCAGAGGAUCUACAAUCCACACUACUACAGCAGUCCCUCGCACUACGCCUCUGCCAUGCAGUACCAGGCCAUCAGUCCCAUCUACCCCCAGAACUACUAUCCGCCCCGUCAGUACGGUAGUCCGGUGAAGAGCUACUCGUCGACGACGACGGCUUCCUCAGCAACAGCAGCAGUUUCCACAUCCUCGUCAUCCCCUAAACACAUUCCAUACGAUACGCAGGGCUACGCCCCGAACCACUACGUCGCCCCGUCGCAGAUGCGCUUCACCAACGGCGAUCUCAUACAGCAGCAGAUCUACCAGCAGCAGCUGCAGUAUCAACAGGCCAAAGAAUUCCAGCAGUACAAGCUGAGCAGGGAGCAGCAUCUGCUCAAGCAGCAGCAACAGCUUCAAUCGGGAACAAGGAGCUUCCAGAGUUCCGUUCACAUACCCAUCGGACCGCCGCCGUCCGAACUCAGAGAACAGUACGAGCUGACGUGAUUGCAGCCCUAAAAAUCAAUCGCGAAUCUCAUUGCAACAACAUUUAGAAUACGUGCUCACAGUUAAUAAUAGAAUAAUAACAGAAACAAAAUCAUAUUAUUGAUUAACUCACAAUUCAAAAAGAAUAACCGCUCAAGCAAUGAGAUUUCCUCAUUCCUUGCGAGAAGAAAAAUAAGAAUGAAUGUUGCAUUUGGGCCAAAGUCCAAUUAUGUGUUCUCAACGUCUGAUCCGCAUAUAUAUAUACAUACUUAUAAUACACAAAAUACAGUUUUUUAAAAAAAAGAUUGAAAAUCCUUUCCCAUUUCCAUUUGUAGGACGCCCUCGCAUCUUCGUCUCAUAAUCAAUUCAAAAGACGACAUCAUCGAAGAUGAAACGUAACUUGGAAUUAGUUUGAAAUCGAAUUUCUCCCAUCGAUAUCAAAUCAAGAAAUUGACCUUUUCGAGCAGCGAUUUUGUAAUAAUGAAUUUUAUUCGAGGAUGCGAGAGGUCCGUCGCAGAUUGCCAAAGACGUGUACAUAAUAUCAUUGUGUAUAUUGCAUUUCUUUGUAAAUACGCGUAGAUUUGAUAUAUUUUUAUUGAAAUCCCGAUAUUUACACCAUUAGGUGCUGCUUGAUACGAGGAAAACGUGAAAUUUCUAUAUGUGUAUACAUCUAUGUGAUAUAAUCCAAAAAUAAAAGUAAUUAAAGAUAAAACAAGCAAAAAAAAAUAAUAUAUAAUAUAUGUGAAAAUUGAAUGGAAAAUUUUGCCGGCGAGCAUCUCCGAAUUUAUUAAAUAAUUACAAGUGGAAUAAAUAAGGAAAUUAUAUAAAUAUGUGUAUAUGUAAAUGUGAGUAUGGUCAUCAGCUUUCGUUAAGAUUGAUGGAAGAGUUCGGUGAAGAAGAAGAAAAAAAGGGCAAGAUUUGUUCUAAUUCUUAAAAUUUUUACAUCAAUCCAAUUUAAACUUACAGAACAUUACAAAAGUAGAAUGAAAAGUUUAAGUUUCUUCAGCAGCAUUGAUCAAUUUGACUUUAUGGAUUACAUAAAAUACGACGUGCACCUCUUUUUUGGACCCGAAACUCUUCGAUAGUAGUGCAAAAAUCCUCGAUAAAAAAUAAUUAUUUAUAUAAAAAAUCAUUUCUCCACUUCAUUUCGACUUAUAUUUUUUAUAUGGAUAUUAUUAAUCUUUGCGUAACCAUGAAGAGAGGACGAACAAGAGA